AUGACCUGCUUCGUGAGCAAUGGUCAUCUGCUAAUUUUGACCAACACUACUGUCAGGGUCAUGGCCGCUUUGACGGUCAUCACGGGCGCAGUCAACUCUUUGUCAACCUACUGGAUGGAGAAGAUGACCAAGUUCUAUGUCAUCUUCCAUGUCUGCGUGCUGGUUUCCUGUGCCGUCGCCCUCCUGGCUCUGACCCAGGACAAGCACGACGCCGAGUACGUGUUCACCCACGUCGAAAACUCCAGCAGAUGGACUUCUAUUGGCUUCAGCUGGCUGUUUGGUUUCUUGUCUGCCAGCUGGACCAUGACCGACUACGACGCAACGGCGCACAUCGAGGAACUGAGCGACCCCGAACGCAAGGCUCCUGGGCCAUCUCCCUCGCCAUGCUGUUCACCUAUCUCGUCUCCGAUGAAACAGCCCGUCGCGCAGAUCUUCUAUAACAGUCUUGGCAAGGGAGGUAGAAUGUUCUUCACGAUUGCGGCUAUCACAAGGAUGAUCCUGUCAUCGUAUGUCUCAAACGCCGACGAUGUACAUAACUGA